AUGCUCCAUCCAGCCAGAGCCCCCCGGCAGCUGGUCCUCCUGCUGCUGCUGCUGCACCAGAGCAGCUCCGCUGUUCACAACAACGCCACAGAGUCCGUGAGCCUGCAGCCCGCGCUGGACACUCAGGACCAGCCAGCUGAAGAGGACAUCAAUCAGGCCAGGAAUGGGGGGAGACGGCCGGUUGAGGCUGCGCGUCACGGUCCAGAUCAGAGUCAGGUGGGCUGCAGGGAGCUGAGGUCCACCAAAUACAUCUCUGAUGGUCAGUGCACCAGUGUCAACCCCAUCAAGGAGCUGGUGUGUGCAGGAGAGUGUCUGCCAGCCCACCUGCUCCCCAACUGGAUCGGGAGUAGUGGUUACUCUGGGAGAUACUGGAGCCGGCGCGAUGCUCAGGAGUGGCGGUGUGUCAUCGACCGGACCAGGACCCAACGGAUCCGGCUUCAGUGUCGUGAUGGCAGCUCCAGGACCUACAAAAUAACAGUGGUGACGUCCUGCACGUGCAAACGUUACACCAGACAGCAGAAUGAUUCAGGACAUACUAAAACAUCUGCUCAGAAUGCCAAACCACGGAAACAUCUGGAGAAGACUGGACUCCCAGAGUUCUCAACCGGGAGACAGUCAGACAACUAG